GAGGGCAUUUUUCAUAGUCAGAAGCCAUCCAAUAUUCAUACCUGGUGGCUUUGCAUACAUUUCCGGGCGAAUCAAAGCCUAAACAAGACCCUCCUAGUGGAUAGAAAAGGUUACAGAGGAUAUAUUGGAAUGUGCUGUGAUUCAAAUUCUUUUUCCUGUCCAUAAAUAAUGUGCUCCUAAGCACCAUCUAAACACUCUCAAGUCACUUGCCUCACACACCAUCUACUGCAGUUGCUCUCGAGUACUGUGAGACGUCGAGCAGAGACUUGUUGUCAAGAUGGUGAAGUUUUCUAAACAGUUUGAGGGUCAGCUUGUGCCUGAGUGGAAAGAGGCCUUUGUUGAUUAUGGGCAGCUGAAGAAAGAUCUCAAGAAAAUCCAUCUCCUGAACGUCGAAAAUGCACCUUCCAAUAACCAUGAGAGCUCUUUAAGCAAAACCAUCUUUUCCUCUAUUAGGAAAAGCUCAUUAUUUCGCAACAAACGUAGAGAACAUGGGAUAAUUCAUGUUCAUAAGAAACUUGAAUCAUCUGAAAGCAAAGGUGAUAUGUACGAGACUGAACUUCUGGAGCAGUUUGCUGAUGAUAGUGAUGCAGCUGUCGAUUUUUUUUCAUGUUUGGACCUCCAACUUAAUAAAGUGAACCAAUUUUUUAAAAACAAAGAGAAGGAGUUCUUGGAGAGAUGGGAAUCACUGGAGAAACAAAUGGGGAUUCUUCUUGAGCUGAAGAGUGCGCUUAAAUCACAGCAUGCUAAUGAAGUUUCUUCGAAUAAUUCCAAGGAAGACGACUCCAUUUCAGGCACCAUUUCAUGUGAUGAAGAAUCCCCCAGGUAUAUAACAGAGCAGGAGCAGAAGCAGGGUAACGAGACUGAUGAUCAGUUUGAUCAGAAUGAUUUGCAGUUCUCCGGCUCUUCUAAAUUUGAUGAGGCUUUUAAAUCAAUAAAACUAAAAAGGGCAGACUCAAAUCCAAGAACUGCCUCUGGUCGAUUUUUCAGUUCUCAAGGAAAAAAUCUUAAAAUACAUAUUCCUCUCACAAAUCCAACUCGCACAUUUUCAUAUUUACUUUGGGAUGAUCUAAUUAAGCAGUCCUCGAAGAAAGGUGGUAUGGACGGAAGAAAGCUGCACAUUAACAAAACAAAAAUACACCAUGCUGAAAAAAUGAUAAGAGGGGCUUUCAUUGAGCUCUAUAAAGGUCUUGGCUAUCUGAAAACUUACAGGAAUUUGAACAUGCUUGCUUUUUCAAAGAUUUUGAAGAAAUUCGACAAAGUUACAAACAAACAAGUUCUUCCCAUUUAUUUAAAAGUUGUUGAAAGCUCUUACUUCAACAGCUCAGACAAGGUUAUGAAGUUGGCUGAUGAAGUUGAGGAAAUGUUUGUCAAACACUUUGCUGAAGAUGAUAAAAGGAAGGCGAUGAAAUAUCUUAAACCGACUCAAAGAACUGAAUCUCAUGCUGUCACCUUCUUCAUUGGGUUAUUCACAGGAUGCUUCAUCGCGUUCUUAAUUGGCUAUGGGAUUAUGGCGCAUAUAGCAGGAAUGUAUAGACCUCAGUCCGAUACAGUGUACAUGGAAACUGUUUAUCCGGUUCUUAGCAUGUUCAGCCUGUUAUUUCUACAUUUCUUUCUGUACGGAUGCAACAUUUUUGCGUGGAGGAAGACUCGUAUAAAUUAUAGCUUCAUCUUUGAACUGUCCCCAACAAAAGACCUCAAGUACAGGGAUGUGUUCUUGAUCUGUACAAUGUCAAUGACGGCCGUGGUUGGUGUCUUGUUUAUUCAUAUAUCACUUAUGGCCAAGGGGUAUUCCUACACUCAAAUACAAGUCAUUCCUGGUCUACUUUUACUGAUUUCUCUUCUACUACUAGUCUGCCCCAUCAACAUAGUCUACAAAUCAAGCCGUUAUCGCUUACUUCGCGUGCUUAGAAAUAUUGUUCUAUCCCCUUUAUACAAGGUUGUAAUGCUUGACUUCUUUAUGGCUGAUCAACUAUGUAGCCAGGUGCCAAUGCUUAGGAACCUCGAGUAUGUCACCUGCUACUACAUAACAGGAAGCUACAAAACUCAGGAUUACGGAUAUUGCAUGAGAACAAAAAAUUACAGAGACCUUGCUUAUGCAGUUUCCUUCCUUCCAUAUUAUUGGAGGGCUAUGCAGUGUGCUCGGAGGUGGUUUGAUGAAGGAGAAACUAGCCACCUUAUAAAUCUUGGUAAAUAUGUAUCUGCAAUGUUGGCAGCAGGAGCAAAAGUGGCCUAUGAGAAAGAAAGGACUAUAGGAUGGCUUUGUCUAGUUGUGAUCAUGUCUAGUGUUGCAACUGUUUAUCAAUUAUACUGGGAUUUUGUUAAGGAUUGGGGUCUGUUACAGAAGGAUUCCAAGAAUCCCUGGUUAAGAAAUGAGUUAAUGCUUCGUCAAAAAUUCAUCUACUUCCUCUCUAUGGGAUUAAACCUGAUCCUCAGGCUAGCCUGGUUACAAACCGUCCUCCACUACAAUUUGGGCAGCAUUGAUUACCGAAUCACAGGGCUAAUUUUAGCAGCUCUUGAAGUCAUUAGACGAGGACAGUGGAAUUUUUACAGAUUGGAGAAUGAGCAUCUAAACAAUGCUGGCAAGUUCAGAGCAGUUAAAAUAGUACCACUUCCUUUUCAUGAAGUUGAUGAUGAAGAUUGACGAUGAUGGCAACACUUGGUUAGAGAAUAGGAAUUGUUGUUUGUUGUUGCAAAGAAAUCCCUUAUUGUCACUAAUCAAGUUGAUGGAACAAAAUACAAAAGUACAUCAACUUUUUCUUGUCAUUAUUUGGUCCGCUGGUUGAGCAAACCAAUCCAUACUUGUACACAACUUUUGUCGUCAAUGUUUCUAUGAAUUUUGAUUC